AUGACAUUCGAAUCCGAUAUAAAAGUUAUGCAGCGGCAAUACGGCUGCUAUGAUCGGGCGGAAUCUGCAAUAUUCGACGUGCCAACCCAUCGAACUCGCCUGCGAGAGAUGAGAAAUCUCGGCAACGUGAAAAGAAGCAAACCAAAACUCAAUCCGCCACCUAAAUCACUUGAUAGAUUACCUCUCACCGAAGGAGCGCCUGCACCGCUUCCAUCUGAAGAACACGUUCCAUCGCCGAAGGUUGCGGCGCUUGUUGAAGAAAUAGCCAAUCUCAGUCUACUCGAUGUAAAUUUCAGCGAUAUUGAGACGCUUUUCCUUGUGAAUUUGUUUCCGUGGCUGAUCUCAACCGGGCGCUUGAAAAAGCGUCUCAAUAUCGCUGACCAACCGAUGAUGCCGGCUGGCAUGAUGAUGGCUGCUCAAGCACCAGCACCUGCCGCAGAAGCAGCCGGUUCAGCAGAACCCGACGUUCCGCAGAAAAUGACAUUCAGCGUGAAGUUGACCAAGUUUGACGAUGCCAAGAAGAUCGCCCUUAUCAAGGAAAUUCGCUCGGCCAUUUCUGGUCUCAAUCUCGUGCAAGCGAAGAAGUUUGUGGAAACGGCGCCAGUAGUGGUUAGGGAAGACAUGGGUAAAGCUGAAGCAGAGGAGUUGAAAGCUGCACUUGAAAAGGCGGGCGCUACUAUAGAAAUAGUUUAA